CAACAUAAUCAUGUUAAUUUUAAUAAAUUAAAAGGUUUUUGUACGAGAUGAUUUGCAAAUGUAAUGAUAUACUCAUAACUAAUAUUAGUCUUGCGCAAGAUAGAUAUGUUUGGCCAGCCAGUCUCACUUAAAUUUAAUGGUCAUUCUAAGCACCAGACUGAAGUAGGGGGCAUUGCUUCUAUUGCUACUAUAACAGUAGUAUUUCUCUUCUUCUCUUCGAAUAUACUCAGCUUUAUUAAUAAAGGUGAAUUGCUAGCAAUAGUUGUGAAUAACUUCGAGGAAAACCCUGAAAUUAUAUCACUUACUGGCGAAAGAACAUUUGCAGUCGGCUUUGGUAAUCUCACUUAGGCAAAGUACUUCAAUAUUACUUUACAAUAAAUGUAUGAUAGACCUCAAUAUACACUUAGAACAAUCGAAAAUCAAAGUGUUACAAAUGUCACUUUGAUUCCUAUUGGAAAAUGUUUACCUCAGCAUUUUUAAUUAGCAAAUGGGGAUUCUCUCUAAAAUGACUUGAAAGAUCACUUUUUCUGUUUGGAGUACUUAUUUAAGUAAUAAAAUUAGAUAAAAUUAACAAUUAUACUUCGGAUAAAAUCAGUCUAGUAAAAUAUAUUUAUUUAAUUUAAGAAAAGUAUGAAGUUCAUUUAAUAAUAUCAAAAUGUUAAAAUAAUUAAUCAGUUUGUAUUCCUGAUCAAUAUUUAGAUGGUUAAGUUUUUAAUGUUUAAUUGAUAUUCCAAAAUCAAGUAACAACACUUUUAUUCUAAGGUUGUCAAUCCUAUGGAUGUGUCAGAAUAAUACAUUUAAACCUAUUUAGAUGACACUUACUCAAUCAAAUUUGUACCUAACACACUAUCAAAAGAACAGCAACUUCUAAUCACAUAAUAUGAUCUAAAUAAUGACGACAGUCUCUUCUAUUAGAAUGUCCAAAAAAGCAAGGCUUAUGCAGUAGACUCGAGAGAUUCCAAAUAAAUAGUUAACAUUGACAAUGAUGUCUAUGCCUCAUUCAUCUUCAAAAAGAAUAAACUCAAAUACACUGUAAAUAGAUCAUACUAAAAAAUAACUGAUCUACUUGCUCGUUUAGGAGGAUUCCUCAAGAUUUCUUUCUUCAUUUUGGGAUUUGUUAUACAAAUCUAUAAUAGAUUGUAAUGUAUACUUAUAACAUCAUUAAUUAGUGUAUCUCAUUUUAGCUAAUAAGAUCUACGAAUUUUCAUUUGAUUCAGUCAAAGAAAGAGAAAUUCAAGAAAAACAAUUUGAAGCCUUGAAUUCUGCCAUUCAAUCCAAAAUGUCUAAGACCAACAUCCAAAACAUUAAUGAAGAAGGCAGUUAACAGAAGUUGCCAAUCAGCCGAGUAAUGCAGAAAAGCAAUUCUAUCAAAUCCAAAUAGAAUUCAUAUUCUCUUCUUCCCUUCUCCAGCUAGCAGAUACCCAUAUAUAGUAAUGAAACCAAUAAAAAAUAAAUUAUUACUGAGGAGGAAUGCAUCAUUUCAGCAAAUCUGAUUGAUCACCAUAUCCAUUUGGCUAAGAAAUUCAACUGUUUAAGUGGUUUGGAUUAUUUCUAAAAAUAAAUCAAUAAAAUAAUCAAUAGAUCUCAAUCUUUAAACUUAACGAUUAGGAUCUUCUUAAAUCAUCUAUGCUGCUCUAAAUUGUUUAAUUCAAACAUACAUGUAAAAUUAUACAGAAAAUCUAUGAAAGAAAUAUCUAAUCAUCUUGAUGUCUAUUAUAUUCUACAGAAAUUAGAAGAAUUAAAUAAGCUUAAGACUAUUUUACUUAGUCCUUAAUAACUCUUAGUGUUUAAUUUUACUCCAAAAUAAAUGAUUGCUCCUGAUAAAACUGAAUUAAAAUUCAACAGAAAUUUCUUAGAAGAAAAAGCCAGAAUCAGACAUACUACUCUUCUUAGUGAACCUCAAAAUUCUAUUACUGCUGCUGUUCUGCAACAUAAAAAGAGAGCCAGUCAAGAGAAUGAGAAUCUAAUUUACUAACGGAUUUAUAAUGCAUAUGAUGAUAUAUUGAAAUAAUAUGAAGGCGAAAGCCCCAAAUAGGAUCACGAUAUUAAUAAAUAAUUAAUUGAAAAAUUGGGCGCAGAACUCAAAUCAAUCUUUAGAGCAUCAAAAAUAAUAGACUUCCAGUAACUUCAAUCAUCCAAACAACCGAGAAAAGUUAAUAGAAGACAUGCAUAAAUUGAUAAUGAAAUUCAAGUAACUAAAAUGAUGUAGUAGUUUUAUUAAUAAUGA